AUGAGGCCCCUCCAGCCGCCGCCGGCCGCCGUAUCAGCCGCUAAUCGCUCCAUCCGCACGCGCCGCCGGACGGACCUAACCCUACCCAUGCCACAGCGCGACCCCUCCCUCGCCGUCCCCCUCCCCCUUCCCCCCAGCUCCGCGCCGUCCUCCCUCGCCUCAUCCUCCAACCACCUCGAGUACUCCGAGCUGGAGCGCGUCAGUCGCAUCGGCAGCGGAGCCGGAGGCACUGUCUACAAGGUCCUCCACCGCCCCACCGGCAAGGCCUACGCCCUCAAGGUGAUCUACGGCAACCACGAGGACGCCGUUCGCAACCAGAUGCGCCGCGAGAUCCAGAUCCUCGGCGGCGUCGACGACCCCAACGUGGUCCGCUGCCACAGCCUCAUCGACCACAACGGCGAGAUCCAGGUCCUCCUCGAGUACAUGGACCGCGGCUCCCUGGAGGGGACUUACAUCCCUCACGAACCCUCCCUCUCCGACCUCUCCCGCCAGAUCCUCUGCGGCCUCCACUAUCUCCACCGCCGCAAAAUCGUCCACCGUGACAUUAAACCCUCCAACCUCCUCAUCAACUCCCGGGGGGUCGUGAAAAUCGCCGAUUUCGGAGUCUCACGCAUCCUGGCCCAGACCAUGGACCCCUGCAACUCUUCAGUCGGGACCAUAGCCUACAUGAGCCCGGAGAGGAUUAACACGGAUCUGAACCAUGGCAAGUAUGAUGGAUAUGCCGGUGAUAUCUGGAGCUUGGGCGUGAGCAUUCUCGAAUUCUACCUGGGGAAGUUCCCAUUUUCAGUCGGGCGGCAGGGAGACUGGGCCAGCUUGAUGUGUGCAAUCUGUAUGUCCCAGCCGCCGGAAGCCCCUGCUGCCGCCAGCAGGGAAUUUCGGGAUUUUAUUGCUUGCUGCCUGCAGAGGGAGCCUGGUCGCCGGUGGACGGCCGCCCAACUGUUGGGACAUCCUUUUAUCAUGCAAUACGCCUCGCCUGAGAAUAGUAAGAGUAAUAACCAGGUACAUCAGCCUCACCAGUUGUUGCCGCCUCCUAGAUCGCAUUUUUCAUCUGCUUGA